GUGCUCUUAGCAACGGUGCCUCGGCAACAGAGCCACGGCAACGGAGUGCCGUGUCUCCCCUUAUGGAGCUGCCAUUGGGCGGGCCGGUGCUGAGGCAUUACACCCGCAGUCGACCACGACCACACCGACAGAACCAGCACCACCGGCCCAGCAGGACACAGGACCCAGUUGUAGACAGUGAGAAUGAGGCUCCAGAGCUGAAUGGUAGGGUGGACGAGGGAGUUGAGGAGUUUUUCACAAAAAGACUCCUCCCUGCCGACACCCUAAAACAGCAGGAUGAAGAAGUGGUUGAGCCAGAGGUGGCUCCAGCCAGUGCUGCCCCCUGCCCCGCCCCCUCCAGGACCCUCAGGAAGAAGCUGGGCGAGUUCUUUACCCUGAGAAAAAGGCGUGGCUUAAAGUCAGAAACGAGUCAUGAGGGGCGGACAAAAAAAACAUCCAUCGCAGAUCUUAUUCGGCCCCUCAGGGAUGCUGCAAGGGCUGAGAAGGACAAACUGAAGGAACACGACAAAGACAAGGAGCGGGAGAAAGAGAAGGAAAGUGAUGUCGCUGUCAUUGGAGAAUCAGUUGCCGUGGCGACGGAGUCCUCUGGCCCCACCCCUCUGCGGGGGGAGGCUCAACCCCGCCGGGUGAUGAGGGAGGGGAAGACCCAGUCUCUCAUUCUGCUGUCCGGCUCCACAGCAACCAGUGCUGGGGGAGCCAAGAACACACAUGGGAAGGUGAGGGUGACCCCUGCUGUCUGUUCACCUUUUACCUCUGACCACCGGGACUGUUUCUCAUUGUCUGUUUCAGAAACACUCCAGCGAGGGCCAGCACAGCUUUGAACAGAAGCUGCAUCUCAUGCUGCAACGCAUUGGUGUGUCCAAAGGCCCACCAGAAGAGACGCAGAGUCAGGAGGGGGAGAUGAAGAAGGCAGAAUCUGAGGGCACCAUCAUCGACAACAAACCUGAUCCAACAUCAGCUUUCAUGAAACCUCGGACAAUGUCCACCUCCUCAGACACAAGACGGCCGAUCAGACUCAGUGCAUCAGCCCACGAGGCUGCAGGAAAACCAGCUCUGCCUCCAAAGCCCCUCAUUAAGUCUGGCUCAGGCCCUGCCCACACCAGCGGGCGCAACACCCCUGAGAAUGAGCUGACUCAGAUACAGGAGGGAGAGACGUCUCCCCCUGCACCCAGCCCCCACGCAGCUACUGCCACCCACUUUGAAACCAUCUCCCCCACAUCGUCAUGUGACCCUUCCAUCUCUAACAGCACUGCUGCUCCCAUCACUACUGGAUCUCCCACCCCCUGCCCGACCUCUGACCAGACUAACUCUUUCACCCCCAUUCUCGACCAGACUAACUCCGUCACCCCCACCCCUGACCAGCCUAAUUCUUCUUCCCCAGAUGAAACUAACACCAUCUCCCCCACCCCUGAUGAGACUAACUCCAUCACCCCCACCCCUGACCAGACUACCUCUAUCACCCCCACCCCCAACCAGACUAACUCCUCCUCCCCAGACCAGACUAACUCCAUCACCCCCACCCCCAACCAGACUAACUCCUCCUCCCCAGACCAGACUAACUCCAUCACCCCCACCCCUGACCAGACUACCUCUAUCACCCCCACCCCCCACCAGACUAACUCCUCCUCCCCAGACCAGACUAACUCCAUCACCCCCACCCCCAACCAGACUAACUCCUCCUCCCCAGACCAGACUAACUCCAUCACCCCAAGCCCUGACCAGACUAACUCCAUCACCCCCACCCCCAACCAGACUAACUCCUCCUCCCCAGACCAGACUAACUCCAUCACCCCAAGCCCUGACCAGACUAACUCCAUCACCCCCACUCCCAACCAGACUAACUCCUCCUCCCCUGACCAGACUAACUCCAUCACCCCCACUCCCAACCAGACUAACUCCUCCUCCCCUGACCAGACUAACUCCAUCACCCCAAGCCCUGACCAGACUAACUCCAUCACCCCCACCCCCGACCAGCCUAACUCUUCCUCCCCAGAUGAAACUAACACCAUCACCCCCACCCCUGAUGAGACUAACUCCACCACCCCCACUCCCAACCAGACUAACUGCUCCUCCUCAGACGAGACUAACUCUAUCACCUUCACCCCCGACCAGCCGAACUCCUCCACCCCAGUCCAGAUUUAUUACUCCUCCCCAGACCAGACUGACUCUGUCACCCCCACACCUGACCUACCUAAUCCGGGCCCCACCACCACACGUGGGUCCACAUCCAUGACCCCCACUGCCCACUCUUUCCCUGACACAACCAGAUCCACUUUUUCUUUUGCAGUAACAUGUCUCUCCUACUCCCCUGACCUUACUGAUAUUGCUCCUACUGCCAGUAUCAGUGCCUCUCUCACCGAAACAACUUCAGACCCCACAAACUCCUCCCCUAAACUCUCCUCUACUAAUGCAGUUCCUGUACCCACUAAACCUGACCCUGUUCCUGACACAUCAAUAACCAACACUACCAGCCCUACCAUUAACACUGAUGGUGCUUCCAGCCCCCCACCCAGCCUCCCUGGCUCUGUUGUCCCUCUCCCCUCCAACACCCCCAACAUAAUACUCCCCUCCACCUCUACACAAUCAGCUGUUGUUUCUGAUUCUGCCACUAAUGUCCUAAACUCCUUCAUCUCAGCUUCUAGCAACUUCUCAAGUCAUCUUUCUACUUCCCUCCUAACUAAUCUGACUACUCCAACCCUCUCUGAUGCUAUUCACACUACUAACUCCUUCAAAACCACCACCAACUCUGCUGUUAUCACUACCGCCACUUUGCCUGUCUCAACAACCCCUCCGCCCACUCCUACCAGUGUCUCCAGCAGCCCAGACCCUCUUGUGGCAGCCGACCCCUCCCCAGCCGACCCCUCCCCAACCAGCCUCUCCUCAGCCAGCCCUCUAUGUGAGGAGGAACCAAGUUCACAGCCUGCCAUGAAGAUAUCCAUGAGUGAGGGCUUAGGCGAGUCCAUGCGAUAACAACAACAAAAAUCUUCUUGGUGUGUGUGUGUGUGUGUGACAACAAGGACGGGAAUACAUCUUUCCACUCUUCUCCAACAGAAGAGAAGCCUGAAAAGAACCGAAGCGAUGGAAGCCAGAUGGAUGAAGAUGACAAGAAGGACACAGAGAAAGUAAAAGUGAAUAAGUCAGUGGAUGACAGCAUUGGAAGGAUAGAAGUAAGGAAAGAGGAGGACCUGAAAAGAGUAGAUGGUACCAUUAGGCAGGGGCAGGAAAUAGAAGAGAACCAGCUAAAAGAAGGAGUAAAAACCCAGGAGCAGAAUGGAGAUAAACAGGUAGGAGAGACUUUAGAGGUAACCGAAUUCAAUGAGCAGCAGAAAAUGAUGGGACCAACUACUGUGACAGGGGCAGGAGAUACCACAGUACAAGGAGGGAGGGGGAGUCUAUGGAAUUGAGUACAGGGACCACAUCACAGCAGCACAUCAGAGGGUGGAUCAGCGGACCAAAGAACUGAGACCCCCUCUAAGUAACAUUAACCCUCGUGCUGCCUUCGG